UAGUAGUGUUAGUAGACUCAUCUUGACUCGUGUUUAAUCUGCUGCUGGACUGGAUUGGCUGAAUUUCACACAUUUCACAGCUUUGCAAACGCGAGGAAAAAGUCAACGUAUAUAACAGCUUUAUUUGUUGCUACGACACUGUAAAUUGUAUGGAAAAGGUUAGCCACGGUAGGCUUCAAUCAGUUCGCAUUUGAAUAACAAAAGAAACAAAUGCAGUGUUAUAUAUAAAAAUAGCUCAAGUGGAAAGUACACUAUUCUAUUCAUCAUCGCAGAGAAGGAGAAUCUCCAUCGGUGUUGUCAAUACAUUGUUGCAGAUUAUUGUGCGCUACUAUCACAAACAUCGCAAAUGAAGGGAAACUUUCCGCCCACUGCAGAUGUGCAAAAAGAAGACGCAAUCUAGAUUGCUAUUUGAAAAACCAGAGGCAAGUACUGAUAUAGAACAUCACAAAUUCGGGCUUACGCAGCUCCCGGUUUGAUAACAAUUCCCUGGUAUAAAAAAGUACACGUCAUUGUUUCGACUAAGUUUAACAGCGAUGUGGUUAAAAUUUAAAUCAGGUGCAAUUCCAUUUAUGUAGUUCCUACGCCGGUGAAUAACACACGAAGCUAGUGUUAACAUUUCACGGUAGUUUUUAUGCAUUUUUUGAAGAAAACACAAUGAUUCUCCGGCAGCUAGUAGGAUGGAACAACUGGGUUCGCGGGCUGGUGGUAUUUAUUGCUGUUUGGGUGUUUCUAGUGGUGAUUUUCUACUCCAAACUGAACACCGGAAAUGGCAACGAUGGCGAAGACACCGUCCGAAGGCUCAACCAGGCGUUAGCCUAUCUGGAGAAAUCCAAACAGGUCGAUCAAGAGUUGCGAAACCUAAUCGAUGAUUACCUCAGUGACACGUCCUACAACCGGAAACAAAAGUUCGUUGACGAACUUGGUAAUAAGCUGCAGAUUCACGGAGCAGGAGCUGGACGCUUUAAAGGGGUUCCCUCACUGGAGUACGAACAGCUGCGACGGAGAGUUGCCAGCAACACAGAAGAACUAUGGAACUAUUUACAUUCCGAAGUUGAUAAAGCUUCCAAAAUAGCACGACGAAAUUCGCCUGAUGUGGCAGUUCCGUUGGAAAAUUUCCUAUCGCUUGCCAUGGAACACAAACGUUCGCUACUGAAUGACAUGGAUUUAAUGCGGGCUAGCGACGGGUACGAAUUUUGGCGUUACAGAGAAUCGAAGGAUCUGAGUGAUCUAGUCCAGAAACGGCUAACCUAUCUCCAAAACCCGGAGGAUUGUAGUACUGCCCGUAAGUUAGUAUGUCGAUUAAAUAAGGGCUGCGGUUACGGCUGUCAGUUACAUCACGUCGUUUACUGUUUUAUUAUGGCCUACGCGACCGAGCGAACACUGAUUCUGAAGUCGAAAGGAUGGCGCUACCACAAGGCUGGCUGGGAGGAGGUUUUCCAGCCACUUUCCGACACCUGCUCGGAUGCUAACGGUGCGACUCAUGCCAGCUGGCCAGGAACACGCGAUACGCAGGUUUUGACUGUGCCAAUUAUCGAUUCGUUAAAUCCGAGACCACCCUACCUGCCGUUGGCCAUUCCAGCCGAUCUGGCCCCUCGGCUGAUGAAGCUGCACGGUGAUCCGAUCGUGUGGUGGAUCGGUCAGUUCCUGAAGUACCUGCUCAAGCCGACCGGUGAAACACGACAGAUGUUGGAGAAUGGGAUUGAAAAACUUGGCUUCCGCAAGCCGAUUGUAGGGAUUCACGUCAGACGAACGGAUAAGGUUGGAACCGAGGCAGCCUUUCACGGAAUUGAAGAGUACAUGAUGGCAGUUGACGAAUAUUACGAUCAGCUGGAGAUGGUGGAAUCGGUGGAUAAACGGAGAGUUUUUGUUGCCAGCGAUGACCCGAAGGUCAUCGAAGAAGCAAAAUCUAAGUAUCCCCACUACGAAGUGAUUGGCGAUCCCGACGUGGCCAAAGUAGCGGCAGUGUCAACGCGCUACACGGACUCUUCGCUGAAUGGCAUUAUACUGGACAUCCAUCUGCUCUCCCUGAGCGACUACCUGGUGUGCACCUUCAGCUCGCAGGUUUGCCGCGUGGCCUACGAAAUCAUGCAAAGCAUGUACCCGGACGCAUCACACCGGUUUAAAUCGCUCGAUGAUAUCUACUACUACGGUGGCCAAAAUGCGCAUAACCGGGAGGUAGUGUUGCCGCAUAAUCCGAAAAAUCAUGACGAAAUCCACCUGCGCAAGGGUGAUCUUGUAGGAGUAGCGGGAAACCAUUGGAACGGAUUUUCCAAGGGUAAAAAUGUUCGCACGAGCCAGGUCGGCUUGUUCCCUUCCUUUAAAGUUAACGAUAAAAUAGAGGUGGUAGAUUUACCGACUUAUCCCAAUGUGAAAUGAUAGACGAGAAAGACGCAGUAAGAAAACGGGUUGGCAUUUAAAGAAAACUUUAAAACAUUCUCAAAAAAAUGUUACGUUAUAAGUUAAGUAACCCGUGCAGAAUAGAGCAAAGAUCAAUAUGUGUGUAUGAGUGUUAGAACACUGUCAGAGUCAAGUGAAUUAGUAGAACGUAAAACCUAUAGAUUUGCUAAAUUUUAUUGGGCGAUGAUUGAGAGAUAAAUGUGUACGCGUUCAAGACAAGAAACAGCAAACGACCUACCAAUAAAGUAAGCAUUAAUUUAUACAAGCGAACAAAACAAGAACAAGCAGUAAAGCAAUUACCAGAUACGGUUCUGUAACGAGUUGCACGGGGUAUACGAAGCCGUUGUAGAAUUGUAAUGCUAUUUGGAUCUACACUUUCGUUACCCCUACACUCUAAUAUUUUUUAUAACGUUGGUCAUGUCUCAGCCAUUUUUUGAUUUUUUGUUAUACAGUUAUUCGACGAUUAAUGCUGCACUUUUAUUCCACACAAUAGGCUUAGAAAUUUCUUGUUUUCGCACAAAUCAGAGGAAAUUGCCGUAUAUGCGAAUAAGGGCGAUAAUUCCAAGUCACUCUUCCUUCAUAUGCGUAUAAAAAGACUGAUUCGAACGAUCAAGCUAAAUAAAGAAGUUUACGAACUUUCGAAUUGA